AGGGUAAGGAAAAAUGGGUGAAGUUAUUGAAGUAGGCUCUACUCCAAUAACCCCAAGGGCGGCCUCCGUAGCUCCAACGCCGCCUAUUUCAGCUCCUCCGUCGCAGUUCCACUCCCCUUCACUUUCUCGAUCACCGCUUCUCGCCCUGGAGGAUCAUAUCCAGCCUGCAACCAAAACACCUAAAAGCUCCACACCCAAAAUCUCAACCCCAAAAAUCCGAACACCAAGGUUUAUUACUCCCCUUGGAAGCCCCAUCAGGAGAGCUCUUCACCUCACCAAACUUGACCCUCAGGAUGCUUGGCUUCCCAUCACUGAGUCCCGGAACGGAAACGCUUACUAUGCAGCGUUUCAUACUCUCUGUUCUGGAAUUGGUAUUCAGGCCCUCAUCCUCCCUGUUGCCUUCACCAUUCUUGGAUGGACUUGGGGAAUCAUAAAUUUGACAGUGGCUUUCAUCUGGCAACUUUACACCCUCUACAUCCUGGUGCAACUCCAUGAAUCUCAAGAAACCGGCAUGCGUUAUAGCCGAUACCUUCAGCUCUGCUCUGCAACUUUUGGAGAGAAGUUAGCAAAAUGGCUAGCCCUGUUCCCCAUCAUGUACCUAUCAGGAGGAACAUGCGUGGCUCUCAUCAUCAUCGGAGGCUCCACUUGCAAGAUGUUCUUCAACAUCGUGUGCGGUGGCACGUGCACCACCCAGCCGCCGACCAGCGUGGAGUGGUACCUGAUAUUUACAUCUGCCGCGGUUCUUCUUUCUCAGCUGCCCAAUUUGAACUCCAUUGCCGGUGUGUCACUGAUCGGUGCCAUCACCGCCCUAGGGUAUUGUACUCUUAUUUGGGUCAUAUCGGUUGCCGAGGGAAGACUCCCCAGAGUAUCAUACAAUCCGGUGAAAGCAAAUUCAGAGAUUAUAAGGAUCUUUGAUGUUCUCAAUGCACUUGGAAUCAUUGCUUUUGCUUUCAGAGGUCACAAUCUCAUCCUUGAGAUACAGGCUACGAUGCCCUCCGAUGAGAAGCAUCCUUCUCGUGUGCCAAUGUGGAAGGGUGUGAAGGUUGCCUACACUCUUGUCGCCGCCUGCUUAUUCCCUCUAGCCAUAGGAGGCUAUUGGGCGUACGGCCAGAUGAUCCCAAAGGAAGGUGGCAUGCUCACUGCCUUGUACGCCUUCCACGGUAGGGACACCUCACAAUUUCUCCUAGGAUUAACCAGCUUAUUUGUCAUAAUCAACGCAGUAAGCUCAUUCCAAAUCUAUGGCAUGCCCAUGUUCGAUGAUAUGGAGUCCAAAGUCGUCCAUAGGACAAAGAAGCCGUGCCCGUGGUGGCUCCGAGCAAUUUUCCGUGCCAUGUUCGGGUACGGAUGCUUCUUUGUCGCGGUGGCCAUUCCAUUUUUGGGAAGCUUGGCUGGUCUGAUCGGAGGGAUUGCAUUGCCGGUGACUUUGGCUUAUCCAUGCUUCAUGUGGCUUAAGAUUAAGAAACCUAAGAUGUAUGGUCCAAUGUGGUGGCUGAAUUGGGUAUUGGGGGUCUUAGGAAUGGCCCUAAGUGGUGUUUUGAUAGCGGCAGGGGUUUAUGUUAUUAUUGAUACCGGGAUUGAGGUCAGCUUUUUCAAGCCACAUUAAUUAAAUUAGUAGUGUAAAAAAUGUGUGAUUAGGUAAAAUAAGUAGUUGUUAUAUUCAUCAAGUGUAAUUUUCAUAUCAUUAUUCCCAAAGAAAAAGAAAAAACAAAAAAAGAUUGUAUUA